CAGCACCAUAGCCACACGAGUCAUCUAACGUGCCCAUCAAACUUAACCUCCACCUUCAUUAUAAAAUACCCAACGCCUCUCUCACUGCUUACCACACCCACCACCUAUCUCGCCUUCUCUGAUCAAUCAAAUUGCUUCUGCCAUGGAUCUCCUCCUCCUAGAGAAGACCCUUUUGGGUCUCUUCUUUGCUUUUAUCGUGGCCAUUGUCGUUUCUAAAUUACGCGGCAAGCGUUUUAAGCUCCCGCCGGGUCCUUUACCUGUGCCAGUUUUUGGCAACUGGCUUCAAGUCGGCGAUGACUUGAACCACCGCAACCUCACAGAACUCGCUAAGAAAUUCGGUGACAUCUUGCUUCUCCGUAUGGGGCAACGUAAUCUCGCAGUUGUCUCUUCACCGGAGUUAGCUAGGGAGGUUUUACAUACUCAAGGUGUUGAGUUCGGGUCAAGAGCCCGGAAUGUUGUCUUUGAUAUUUUCACCGGUAAGGGACAAGACAUGGUGUUCACCGUGUACGGUGAGCACUGGAGGAAGAUGAGGCGGAUUAUGACAGUUCCAUUUUUCACAAACAAGGUUGUUCAGCAGUAUCGAUAUGGGUGGGAAGACGAGGCGACGAAAGUGGUGGAGGAUGUGAAGAAGAACCCAGAGGCUGCCACAAGUGGUAUUGUGUUGAGGCGGCGGUUGCAGCUGAUGAUGUAUAAUAAUAUGUACAGGAUUAUGUUUGACAGGAGAUUUGAGAGCGUGGAGGAUCCAUUGUUUGUGAAGCUGAAGGCUUUGAAUGGAGAGAGGAGUAGAUUGGCUCAGAGCUUUGAGUAUAAUUAUGGUGAUUUUAUUCCCAUUUUGAGACCUUUCUUGAGAGGUUACUUGAAGAUUUGUAAGGAAGUGAAGGACAUGAGAUUGCAGCUCUUCAAGGACUACUUUGUUGAAGAGAGGAAGAAACUUUCAAGCACCAAGAGCAUGAACAAUGAAGGGUUGAAAUGCGCGAUAGAUCAUAUUUUGGACUCACAGCAGAAGGGAGAGAUCAAUGAGGAUAACGUUCUUUACAUUGUUGAGAAUAUCAACGUCGCAGCAAUUGAAACAACGCUAUGGUCGAUUGAGUGGGGAAUUGCUGAGCUUGUGAACCAUCCCGAAAUCCAAAAGAAGCUGCGAGAUGAGCUUGACACUGUGCUUGGACCUGGUCACCAAGUCACUGAGCCUGACACCCACAAGCUCCCCUAUCUUCAGGCUGUUAUCAAAGAGACUCUCCGUCUCAGAAUGGCAAUUCCUCUCCUUGUCCCCCACAUGAAUCUCCACGACGCAACGCUUAAAGGUUUCGAUAUUCCUGCAGAAAGCAAAAUUUUGGUGAAUGCUUGGUGGCUUGCCAACAAUCCUGCUCACUGGAAGAAUCCAGGAGAAUUCAGGCCAGAGAGGUUCUUGGAAGAGGAGUCCAACGUUGAGGCUAAUGGAAAUGAUUUCAGGUACCUGCCAUUCGGUGUUGGAAGAAGAAGCUGCCCUGGAAUUAUUCUUGCAUUGCCAAUUCUUGGUAUUACUUUGGGACGUUUGGUACAGAAUUUCGAGCUCUUACCACCUCCAGGACAGUCAAAUCUUGAUACCACAGAGAAAGGUGGACAAUUCAGCUUGCAUAUAUUGAAGCACUCCACCAUUGUUGCCAAGCCAAGAUCAUUUUAAUUCCACUAUGUUUAUUUUUUAUGUAAUGGUGCUUAUGGGUUGUUGAAGAUGAAGAUGGAAGAUGAUUUUGAUGAAAAUAUAUGGGGAUUGAGAUGAAAUGAUUGGUUGAUUAUGAUAUAAUUUGGGGUUUGACAGUAAAUCUAUGAGCUUCCAAGAUGCUCUAAGACUCUACAAUAAUUAAGUAUAUUUUCUUGUUCAUUGAUUAAUUAUUGUGAUUUGACAUCCAAAGCCUAGGAAUUUGGAGGAACUCAUGUAUACAGAUGCAAUAGUUAGCUAUAUAUUAAUAAUUUGCCGUCGACUAUA